AUUAUUUCAAUACUACAACAUUCAAAACUUUUCCCGUGUCAAAUAAUUUGUAUAGUAGUUAUUUUUGGACUUUUCCUAUACAGAAAUUUCCGUUGAGAUAGAUCUACUCGUUGUUAUAGAAUAGUUACUACAGCGAUCACAUGCGCAAUAUUAUUUAAAAACUUAAACAGCUGAAAAAUUGUAAUUUUAUUCGCAAAAUUUAUUUUCCACCAAUUCAAUUCAAAUAGUUUCAGAAACUGAUGGAUACAUUUUUCAAAAAUAAAAACUUCAAUAGUGAACGACCGACCAUGGCCGCGAACGCGUUGUCCGCCUUGAGAGAGAUCGACGAAGCUCUGCACGACACCGCCAAACCGUGGAACAGUCUGUUCGUCUGGGCCGAAGAACGGAGCGGCAUCAGCCGUUUGAAACUGUUCUUCGGAGUCGUUUGCGCCACGUGCAUGUUCCUGAUCACGGGCAGCACGUGGGCGAUGCUGGCGAGUGACCUGCUCGGAUUCGCGUAUCCCGCUUACGCGACCACCGUGCUGAUGAUGGAAUCCGUCGGACAGUUGCCGUCCGGUGUGGCCAGCCCGCCGACCAACGGCCGCGAGUCCGUAUCGCCGGCCAACCGGUGGUUCACGUAUUGGUUGCUGUUGGCGGCCACGUUGUCGGUGCAGCAUCUGUGCGGGGGCUUGCUGCGGUUGGUGCCGUUCUAUUGCCUGAUCAAGACCGCGUUUUUUGCCUGGUGCGCAGCACCGAUCGAGGCCAAUGGUGCCGCGUACGUGUACGCCGUCGUCGUGAGCCGUUAUUUCAGCCACGGGCGUUGACCAGCCGCACGAACAGGACAAGUCCAUAGCAUAUUUUGUACGUUUUUUAGUUAAAUAAAAAUAAAGCCAAACAAAAUUUCCACUUGAUAUUUUUUUUCACCUAUAGUCAAAUGUUAUAACGCCAAUCGAAGACAAUUAAAAAAGCAUAAUCUUCUUGAGUGGACGCCACACCCGCAUAUUUGUUGUCGUCACCAUCUUACAAGUGUGUAACAUGGACAGCAUUUAAGUACAGCUUCAUUGGUAAUAUUAAAGGCAAUGGUACAACGGUUAUUACGAUAUUUCGAUUAUUAAGCAACUUAUGAGUAGAAUAUGUGAAAUAUUGUGAUUUAAAAAUGCUCAAAACCCAUGUAAAAUCUAUCGUUAAAAGUCCAUACGUACAAACAUUGAUAUGAGAUAUUAACCUAAAAUGUGAAAAUAAUUCAUUCACACUAAUAUUAAGACCAACAAAGCUAAACGUUUACUGCUGUACUAAAAUGUAAUAUUAUGGUACUCACUUGUUAUGCUGGAGCCAACAAAUGCGGGUGUGCCGUCCUGUGAUGAUGACAAUAUCUUACUAUUGACUAUUGAUAUUAAAAUAAAUAUAGUUUGACAAUGAAAAAAACUAGUCAGUGGUUCAUUUUGUUUGGAUUUUUUUUUGAUUUACUAAUAAAUGCAUUACGCACUAUUGUCAUAAUAUAUUCAUCGACGAAGGCAUUGACGAUUACUAUGAAUGUGUACUUAAUGACAGAGUUUUUGGCCAGCGCUGCAGGGCGCCGCGGUGGUGCGCCAGAACUGGAUUAGAAUAUAAAUUGGACAACCACCGCACCUAAACACCGGAAUCAAGUGUGCCUGCGGUCAUCGACACUACCACAGCACCGGAACUUGGCGCGAUCACUGCAAUUGAGUGUUGCUGCACUUUGCACAGUAGCCACCGAACUUGAACUGAUCAUUUUCAGCCAACUAUUUUAUGCAUACGUAUAGAACUCCGCUGCAGGUCUGUGACCGGAAGGGCUUGAAUUUAUAACCGGGGGAAUUUUCAAUGGGGGGGGAGACAUGUUACGACUUAUAAGUCACUAUAAAUGUUACUGAAUUGUGGGAGUAAAACCAAAGAUACAAGUAAAGAGGCUUUAGGGGACGAGCAUACCAACAUUUCUAAUUGCUUAUAAGUUAUAACCAUCGUCCACGGUAUACGAGUAAUGAGUAUAUGUAUAGAUAUCUUAGCCCGUGCUUAUAACUGUAAAAUGUGAGAAUUGUUAAUUGCUAUAUUUAGUAUCAUAUUAUCUUAGUCCGUGCUGAAUAUUAUAUUAUUACCAUUACGCCGUUUGAUGCAGCAGUUGACAACUCAUACACACACAUUGACUGGCAAGUACUUAUCAAGAUUUCAUAACGUUUUUCUCGUGCUCUGUAUAGUUAAUACAUCUUAUUGUAAAUAAUGGCAAAGAACAUCGUGACCUACGUAUCGUAAAGGUGAUAAUAUUAAAGGGGGGAUUAACCCCUAAUCUCCACUCCCCUGAACCCGGCACGACCUUAUUAUUGCAGUUUUUUAUGCAUUUUGAUAGAUAUAAUAUAGGUUUAAUGUUGUUAUUAACUAAAAA